AUGGCAGCUCUGUUCACCGUUCACAUCGCCUCAACCGGCGGCAGCAUCGUCUGCACGAAUCCCACCACCUCAGAGAAAGAAAAGAACAUCUACCUCCUUACAUUCACAUCCCCCAAAGACAACCGACUCACUCCAACCUUCAUCGAUGCCUUCAUUCUCGCCCUGGACAUCAUCGAGCACCGCUUCCCCAAGGGCGUCGUGAUCACCACCAGCGGCAUCCCCAAAUUCUACAGCAACGGGCUCGACCUGGAGCUCGCAACCAGCACAGAGGGAUUUCUAGAUCAAUGGCUGUGGAAGCUAUUCCGUCGUUUCCUCACAUAUCCCAUGCCAACCAUCUGCCUGCUGAACGGCCACGCCUUCGCAGGCGGACUCAUGCUGGCCAUGUACCACGACUACCGCAUCCAGAAUCCCGCCAAGGGCUUCCUGUGCAUCAACGAGCUCGAGUUCGGCGUGCCACUGCAGAGCCCCAUGAUGAGCAUCUUCCGCGAGAAGCUGGUCCCCUCGUCCUUCCGGGAUCUGAUUCUCGAGGCGAGACGCUUUGCGGGCCCGCAGUCUGUGGCUGCGGGGCUGGUGGAUGGACUUGGUGGCUUGGAGGAGGUGCUGCAGCUGAUUCGGGACCGGGGGCUGCAGACGAAGGCUGCGACGGGGAUCUAUGGCACGAUGAAGGAGGAGAUGUAUCGGCAUUCGUUGGAUAUUCUUGACAACCAUGUGGGGAAUCUGGCGUGGAGGAAGGAGGUGGAGAAUAAGAAGGGGCUGGCGGAGGAUGUUGCGUUGGGGGCUGUUGAGGCCUUUGAGAAGGAGAGGAAGGCGAAGCUUUGA